AUGGGUCUUAUUUCAGAUAGCGUGAUCAGGUUUAAAAAACCGAAAGGGAAAAAGGCUAGGGCCAUAGCCCCCCUGACCAAGAAGCCGGAAGAACAGAAUGAAACUCUGAAGGAGCGCCGCGGCUUGUGCUGUAUGGUUAUUCCCAGUUGUCAGCGUUUUAAUAACAUCCACUGCUUCCUGAUUUUCUUCUACAUCCUGCUGCUCUCUCAGGGUAUGGUGUUUGGUCUUAUAGAUGUGAGCCUUCACACAUUUCAGAGGGGCAGUGGUCUGAAAACCAUUGAAAAUAUUGUGUUGUCAUCGAGUUAUGAUAUUUCAUCUUGCCUGGUAGUAGUGUUUAUAGCAUAUUAUGGAAGGAAAGGAAACAUUCUAAAAUGGAUUAAAGUUUCCUCCUUUUUAGUAGGAUUUGGAUCACUUUUAUUUGCUUUUCCAUACUUUCAUGGUGAAAAUUAUCAAUUGGACAUAGAAAUUGAAGAUAUUUGCCAAGAAAAGAAGAUUUCCAGAGAUUGCACGAAAUCCUUUUCAGUCUAUGCAAAGUAUAUAACUUGCAUCUUGCUUGGGCAGACUGCACAGGGAAUAGCAGGAAUACCUCUUUAUAUCCUUACAGUACCCUUUCUUGAUGACAGCAUUGACGAACACUCAAUUGGUACUUAUCUAGGCUUGAUGGAUGCUUCAGGAACAGUUGGAUAUGCUUUGGGUUAUGCGAUAGCAGCACCCCUGGUUACCACCCCUGAGAGAAGUACUUCUAAUAUAACAGUUGGUGGUGGUGAUAAUAAUGAACACUGGUUACAUACUUGGUGGAUUCGCUUUGUUUUUCUCACAGUUUUGGCAUGGUCUACAUUAAUAGCAUUUUCAUGCUUUCCACGGCAUAUAAAAGGUACAGGAAAGAUAACAUCUGGGAAACAAGAAAUGCCUCAACUAUUCAACAAAAAGUAUAAAGAUAAGGAAUUUGGAACUAGUAUCGGUGAUUUAUUUGCUUCUAUUUGGAUUCUGAUGACGACUCCAAUGUUUGUAUGUCUAGCUCUGACCAGAGCUUCAGACUUUUUACUUAUGAUUGGAGCUUCUGUAUUUUUGCCUAAAUAUAUAGAAAAUCAGUUUAUAUUAACACCUAGUCAGGCAACUACACUUUCAGGACUUGUUUUAAUUCCAGGAGGUGCUUUUGGCCAGCUUCUGGGAGGUGUCAUUGUUUCCAAGUUACAAAUGUAUUGUAAAGGCCUUAUGAGCUUUACAAUGGUUACAUCUGCUAUAUCACUUAUACUGGUUAUGCUUUCAGUUUUUGUACGCUGUGAACCAAUACCAUUUGCUGGGAUCACUGAAGAUUAUAAUGGAACAGGGCAGUUGGGAAACCUAACAGCCCCUUGCAAUUCUCAUUGUAUAUGCUCAUCUUCAUUUUAUUUUGCUGUAUGUGGAAGAGACAGUAUUGGAUAUUUUUCUCCUUGCUUUGCAGGCUGUAAUCAAUCUAAAAUAUUGAAUAAUGAGAAGACAUAUUUCAAUUGUUCUUGCAUUGAUGAAGGAAUAGCAAUUUCAGAUGAGCAAGGUGAUUUUAUUGAUGCCAUACCUGGGAUAUGUGAAUCAAGUUGCUAUAAAUUACCUAUGUUCAUUGUUUUUGUUUUUUCUAUGAUUGUUUUUGCUUGUUUUUCUGUUAUACCGAACAUGCUGACCAUCCUUCGGACUGUACCUGACAAACUACGUUCUCUGGCCUUGGGUUUGGCCUAUAUGACUGUGAGAGUAUUUGGGGGUAUACCUGGACCAAUAGUUUUUAAUAUGAUAGGAGAAAGUUCUUGUACCUUUCGGGAUAGUGGACACUGUGGAAACAUAGGAAGUUGUUUGAUCUAUAACGUGAAAAAAAUGGCCUACCUAUAUUUAGGAAUGUGUUUUUUUUGCAAAUUAUCCACCAUCUUCUUCACUUCUAUUGCAUUUAGCCUACACAAAUAUUUACUAAAGGAAAACACUGAUGUCCUCACUACAACUGCAAAGAAUCCAAAAGAAGAACAAAAAGAA